AUGACCAGUUUGGCUACUGACCAUGCUGACCAUUGUCUGGAAUUGGAUCAAAUCACAGAAAUACAGCAAAUGGCUUUCUCUUAUAGAACAUCUGAACAAAGCACAAUUCCUGAGCUCAUUUUGCAGAGCUCAUUUGAUCACUUAAUCUCUUCUAACUGGUCUGGAUUACAGACAGAAUCGAUACCAGAAGAAAUGAAACAGAUUGGUGAGGAACAGGGAAACAAACCACGCUGGGCAGCUCUCCUGAUACUCAUGGUGAUAAUACCCACAAUUGGUGGAAACAUCCUUGUUAUUCUGGCUGUUUCACUGGAGAAAAAGCUGCAGUAUGCUACCAAUUAUUUUCUAAUGUCCCUGGCAGUGGCUGAUUUGCUGGUUGGAUUGUUUGUGAUGCCAAUUGCCCUCUUGACAAUAAUGUUUGAAGCUAUGUGGCCCCUCCCACUUGUUCUAUGCCCUGCCUGGUUAUUUCUUGAUGUUCUUUUUUCUACUGCAUCCAUUAUGCAUCUCUGCGCCAUUUCAGUGGAUCGUUAUAUAGCCAUCAAAAAGCCAAUACAGGCCAAUCAAUAUAACUCACGAGCUACAGCACUCAUCAAGAUUACAGCGGUGUGGUUAAUUUCAAUAGGUAUUGCUGUUCCAGUCCCUCUUAAAGGCAUAGAAACCGAUGUGGGUAAUCCAAACAUCACUUGUGAAUUGACAAAAGAUCGUCAUGGCAAUUUCAUGCUCUUUGGCUCACUGGCUUCCUUCUUUAUACCUCUGGCAAUCAUGAUUGUCACCUACUUUCUCACUAUCCAUGCUUUACAGAAGAAAGCUUACUUGGUCAGAAAUAAGCCACCUCAACGCCUAACAUGGCUGACUGUGUCCACAAUUUUCCAAAGGGAUGGAACACCUUGCUCCUCACCUGAAAAGGUGGCAAUAAUGCUGGAUGGUUCUCACAAGGGCAAAACUCCACCCAACUCGAGUGAUGAUAUACUUAUGCGAAGAAUGUCCACAGUUGGAAAAAAGUCAUUGCAGACCAUUUCCAAUGAACAGAGAGCCUCAAAGGUUCUAGGGAUUGUGUUCUUCCUCUUUUUGCUUAUGUGGUGUCCUUUUUUUAUUACAAAUAUAACUCUAGUUUUAUGUGAUUCCUGCAACCAGACUACUCUCAAAAUGCUCCUGGAGAUAUUUGUGUGGAUAGGCUACGUUUCUUCAGGAGUGAAUCCUUUGGUCUAUACCCUCUUCAACAAGACAUUUCGGGAUGCAUUUGGUCGAUAUAUCACCUGCAAUUAUCAAGCCACAAAAUCAGUAAAAACUCUUAGAAAAUGCUCCAGUAAUAUCUUCCGGAAUCCAAUGGCAGAAAACUCUAAGUUUUUCAUAAAACAUGGAAUGCGAAAUGGGAUUAAUCCUGCCAUAUACCAGAGCCCAAUGAGACUCCGAAAUUCAACCAUUCAGUCUUCUUCAAUCAUUCUACUAGAUAUACCUCUUCUCACCGAAAGUGAAGGUGACAAAACUGAAGAGCAAGUCAGUUAUGUAUAGGAGAAAUAGCACAAUUUUCAUCUAAUAUAAUGAUGAGCAGGAUGAUGAAGCAGAUAUGAAUGUACCAAGAAGCAUAUAAACAACUUAAGUCAUAUAUCAUAUCAUCUCUUUAAACUAAGAGUUAUGUAUUAAGAUUAUCCAAUUUUCAUUAUUUGGAUACAAGUACUCCAUGAAAAAAAUAAUUUUGUACAGCUAUAAAUUAAAAUAAUCCUACACUCUGGUUAAAUGUUGAGGUAUUCAUAUUAAAUAAAAUUAAAUAAAUCAAUAAAUUUCAGGCUU